UUCCCUCUUUCCAAAAACCCUAGCUACGCUCUCAAUCUCUCUCGCCAGACCAGUCUCGAGCUCAGAGAGAGAGAGAGAGAGAGAGAGAGAGAGAGAGAGAAUGGCGGCUAGCGAGCACACCGUGUUGCAGUUCGGAACGUCGUCGUCGACCUUGACAGCCAAAAUUCACCCUCUGGUCAUCUUCAACAUCUGCGACUGCUACGUCAGACGCCCUGACCAAGCCGAGCGCGUCAUCGGCACUCUCCUCGGUUCGAUCUUACCUGAUGGCACCGUCGACAUCCGCAACUCUUAUGCCGUUCCUCACAGCGAGUCCGCCGAUCAGGUUGCUUUAGAUAUUGAGUACCAUCACAAUAUGUUAGUGUCACACCAGAAAGUGAAUCCGAAGGAAGUCAUUGUUGGAUGGUAUUCAACUGGUCUUGGGGUAACUGGUGGUAGUGCACUGAUCCAUGAAUUUUAUUCAAGAGAAGUUCCCAACCCAAUUCAUUUGACUGUUGACACGGGAUUCAACAAUGGAGAGGGUACCAUAAAGGCUUAUGUUUCUUCCAAUUUGUCACUUGGAGACCGGCAACUUGCUGCACAAUUUCAGGAAGUUCCGCUGGAUCUUCGUAUGGUUGAAGCUGAACGAGUUGGAUUUGAUAUUCUAAAGACAACAAUGGUUGACAAACUCCCAAAUGAUUUAGAAGGGAUGGAAGCUUCAAUGGAAAGGCUAUUAGCUCUAAUUGAUGAUGUCUACAAAUAUGUUGACAAUGUUGUGGAAGGGCAUGUUGCUCCAGAUAAUAGCAUAGGGAGAUUUAUAUCAGAGACUGUAUCAUCACUUCCCAGACUGUCACCACCAGCUUUUGAUAAGCUUGUAAAUGACAGCCUACAGGACAAUUUGCUCUUGCUCUAUUUGUCAAGCAUCACCAGGACACAGCUCAGCUUAGCUGAGAAGUUGAACACAGCUGCUCAGAUCCUGUAAUUCCAAUCAAUUCUUAAAACCAUGUGCCAAGGCAAUUACAAAAGUGUUCUGCAUUAUUGUUAUAUGACCAAGUUUGAGGAAUGCUGACCUUUUAUCCAGAAGAGGUUGUAAUAUUUCUUGCAUGAUUUUGAAUAGGUAGGUUGUUCUCAAUUAUACAACGAUUGCUUUGUAGCUUUUCAGAUGUUUUCUAGAAACAAGUUAUGUUUGAGCAAAUUUUUGUGGUUUAUGUUAGUAACUGUUUCUCUAAUGGUCUAAGAAUGUUACCAUAGAUUUUCUUUGAUUUAUUUGUUUCCGCGGGAAUUAUUCAAGCUUGGAUGAUUGUAACUAGGUUUCAUCUUGGAUGAGAAUAUCACUACAAAGCUGCUAUAAUCUAUUUUCUAAA